AUGCACAAACGGUGCAUUAUUCAAAGCUGCGGCUUUGUCUUUUUCUUUGUUAUGGUGCAGUACGCACACGGAGACCUGAGCUAUUCGUUACAGGAGGAGCUGAAGCGCGGAUCUGUUAUUGGGAAUAUCGCUAAGGAUCUCGGACUGGAAGUGGGAAGACUAUCUGCUCGCAAAGCUCGUGUUGACAUGGAGGGAAACGAAAGAGAGUAUUGUGGAAUUAAUCUUCGAAGCGGGGAUUUAUCGGUUGCGGAAAGAAUAGACAGAGAGGAGCAUUGUGGAGAAAAGCCUUCGUGCGUUCUGAAAUUUGACUUGCUCCUGGAGAAUCCUUUGGAGUUACACCGGUUGUCUCUGCAGGUGCAGGACGUGAACGACAAUGCACCAAUUUUCCCGAAGGAUACAGUCAAGCUGGAAAUAGGAGAGUCAGCUGUCAGAGGAGCUAAGUAUCGCAUAAACGCAGCUCACGAUGCAGACAUAGGCAAGAAUUCAGUUGAAAGCUAUAUUUUGGAACAAAACCCUCACUUUGUGUUUAGUAUUCAGACGACAAGUGCAGGAAGUAAAUAUGGUGAAUUGAUUUUAAAUAAGGAGCUAGACCGAGAGGAGCAGCAGGAAAUGAAAUUAUUGCUCACGGCUGUGGAUGGUGGCUCUCCUCAGAGAUCCGGGACUAUGGCGAUACACGUCAUUGUACUAGAUGCUAAUGAUAACGCCCCGGUGUUUACUGAGGCCGUUUUUACAGCCACAUUACCAGAAAACUCGCAUUUGAAAACCAAAAUUAUCACCGUAAGUGCAUCAGACGCAGACGAAGGUGUCAAUGGAGAGGUUACAUAUGAAUUUAGCCGACUCUCUGAUAAAUCAAAAAAGAUGUUUUCACUGGAUGAGAAAUCGGGAGAAAUCAGCGUGACAGGCGAGAUAGAUUAUGAAGACGGAUCCAAAUAUGAAGUGUUUGUCGAGGCUAAAGAUGGUUAUGGGCUGUCUUCAGAAGCUAAAGUGAUUAUUGAUAUUACUGAUGUGAAUGACAAUGCUCCAGUUAUUUAUCUAAAGUCACUGACCCACCCCAUACCUGAGAACGCGUCACCUGGUUCAGAGGUGGGGAUCGUUAACGUGCAGGACAGAGACUCUGAGAGUAACAGACAGGUUCGCUGCUCCAUUCAGCAAAAUGUCCCUUUUAAGUUAGUUCCUUCGAUUAAAAACUAUUAUUCUCUGGUGACCACAGGACAACUGGACCGUGAACUAGUGUCAGAUUACAACAUUACAAUCACUGCCACUGACGAGGGCUCUCCACCUCUGUCCUCCUCUAAAACUGUUCAGUUAUCUGUCGCUGACAUCAACGACAACCCACCUGUGUUUGAGGAACAGUCCUGCAGCGCAUAUGUGACUGAAAAUAACAAACCUGGCUCCACUUUAUGUUCCGUUACUGCUCGAGACCCCGACUGGAGACAGAACGGCACAGUGGUGUAUUCUCUGUUACCUGGUGAGGUGAACGGUGCCUCGGUGUCCUCCUAUCUAUCAGUUAACGGAGACACGGGGGUGAUCCACGCUGUGAUGUCGUUUGAUUAUGAACAGUUCAGGAGCUUUAAAGUCCACGUGAUGGCCAGAGACAACGGUUCUCCUCCGCUCAGCAGCAACGUGACAGUCAGCGUCUUCAUAUCGGAUGUGAACGACAACUCUCCUCAGAUACUGUACCCCGCCCCGGAGGGCAACUCCUUCAUGACCGAGCUGGUCCCCAAAGCUGCACACGGAGGCUCUCUGGUGUCCAAAGUGAUCGCAGUGGACGCGGACUCCGGACAGAACGCCUGGCUGUCCUAUCAAAUAGUCAAAUCCACUGAUCCGGGACUUUUCACUAUUGGUGUCCACAGCGGAGAGGUCAGGACACAGCGGGACAUUUCUGAAUCUGACAGCAUGAAACAGAACCUUAUUGUGGCGGUGAAAGAUAACGGACAGCCCUCUCUGUCUGCCACCUGUUCCAUGUAUUUACUUAUUUCUGAUAACUUGGCUGAGGUGCCAGAGCUGAAGGAUAUUUCUUAUGAUGAGAAGAAUUCAAAACUGACCUCCUACCUGAUCAUAGCACUGGUCUCUGUCUCCACCUUUUUUCUGACCUUCAUCAUCAUUAUCCUGGGUGUGAGGUUUUGUCGCAGGAGAAAGCCCAGAAUGUUGUUUGACGGAGCUGUCGCCAUCCCCAGUGCUUAUCUCCCUCCUAAUUACGCAGAUGUUGACGGCACAGGAACUUUACGCAGCACUUACAAUUAUGACGCCUACCUGACAACAGGUUCAAGAACCAGUGACUUUAAGUUUGUGACAUCUUACAAUGACAACACACUGCCUGCUGACCAGACUCUGAGGAAAAGUCCUUCUGACUUUGGUCAUGCCUUUGGAGACUGUGAUUCUUCUCCUGAGGUAAGACCGGCUGUCAUAUUCUGCUAA